AUGGCAAAUAGAACUUACUUUAAUUAAGAUCAAAAAAGACUUUUUAAGCCUUAAGUUUAAUUGGAGAAAAAGCAAGAAAAUCCAACUAAAAAAAAGGUUGAAUUAAAUGAGAUAAAUGAAGAACCAUAAAAAUAAUUAUGGGAUAUCGAUUUAAAGGAUUGUGUCACAAAAUAUAAAGAUACUAUAGGGAGUAAGAAGAGAAAGGAAUAUGAAAUUUUUAAACCAGGGGGAUGUUUUAUUAAAUAAAAAAGUGAGGCUGAGAAGCCAAAAACAGAAAAAGAACUCAAUAAAGAGAUUAAUCAAGUUAUUAGAUAAACUACUAAAGAGUUUUUUGAGGAAAUAAAAAUGGAAAAACAGCAAAAAGAAAAUGAAAAAAACAAACUUAAUGUUUAAAGUUAGAAUGAUGAAUGUGAGAUAAAAGAUUAAAAUUAGAAUCAAAAUAAAGAAAAAUCGAAUUAAGGGAAUUAAAUAAAUGAAGAGGUAGGACAAGAGUAGAAGGAAAACAAAGAAAAUGAUAAUAUUAAGGUGGAUUAAGGGUUAUUAAAAAAAAAAGUGGGUAAAUUUUAAAAAGGUUAGAAUGGCAACUUUGUGAGGCUUGAUCUUAAAAAAAAAUAUUAAGAUAGAUUUCGUGGAGCUAUUUAUAUGAAUUAAAGAAAAUAUAAAAGAAAUGGUACUUUGAAAAAUCCAAAUCCUUCAAAAAGAGAGUAAUCUUAAAUUGAUUUUUAACAACUUAAUAACUAAGGACGCGCUGAAUCUUGUAUUUAAAUUAAUUAGAUUUAGACAAUAUAUUUAUAUAAUCAGUUUCAUCAGGAUUAUUGGUGGAUAUAUUUGAUGAUGAGGAAAACAUAAAAGAAAAGGAGAAGAAUGAAGAUCUUAUAAAAGAAUUAGUGAGCAAAGUUUAAGAAGAUUUAGAUAAUAAGGAAAAUUAUCUAAAUUUGUUAGAAUUAGUUUUUGGAUUUACAGAAUUUCGUGAAGGAUAAUUUGAAGCAAUUUCAAGUAUUUUAAAGAAGGAAUCUAUCUUAUUGGUAUAAAAAACUGGACAUGGAAAAUCAUUAGUGUAUUAAUAUUUAUCUUUGUUUCUAUAAGACAGUAUAGGUAUAAUAUUUUCUCCUUUAAUUUCUUUGAUGAUUGAUUAAGUUUCAAAAUUGCCUGAUUAAAUUAAAGGUAUAGCAUAUCAUUCAAUGCUUACUUCAUUUUAGAAAGCUCGUCUAAUUGAAUUUAUAAAAGGUAGAUAAGUUCAGUUAGUCUAUUGUACUCCAGAAAUCUUUUAAAGUGAUUUAGGUUAUUCAUUAGAAUAUUUUGGAAAAAUCUCAUUCAUAUGUAUAGAUGAGGCUCAUUGCGUUUCAGAACUAUCUCAUUCCUUUAGACAUACCUAUGUGAUAUUAAAUUAAAUGAUAGAAAGCUUUUUGAAGGAUGAUUUGCCUCCUUAUUUAGCAUUAACUGCUACUGCAACUAAUUUGACAGUAGAAUCAGUGUUAAAAAAGUUUAAAAUAAAUAAAUCCAUUAUCUCUAUUAAUACUGAGAGAAGUAAUAUUGAAAUCAGUGUUAGUAGAGAUAGAGAUGUCAAUGCUUCAUUGAUAAAAUUAUUAUAGAGUGUAAAAUAUAGAAAUCUAUCUUCCAUCAUAAUAUAUUGUAGAAGCAAAUAUAUGGUUGAUGUGGUAUCAAAUUACUUAAAAAAUUGUAAUUUGAAAUGUCUUGGUUUUCAUGGAGGAUUAACUGAAUAAGAAAAAAUGGAUAUUUAAAAUAAAUUUAUUAGAAAUUAAAUAUAGAUAAUUGUAGCAACAUCAAUAUUUGCCAUGGGAAUAGAUAAAUCAGAUAUUAGAGCUAUUAUUCACUUAAAUUUACCCAAGAGUAUUGAAUCGUAUAUCCAAGAAAUUGGCAGAGCUGGUCGAGAUGGAAAAAUUGCAUAUGCUCAUUUAUUUUUAAGAGAGAAUGAUUUUCAUUUAGAAAGAUCAUUCAUUUUAUCUGAUUAUCCUGAUUUUAUUGUUAUGAAAAAUUUGUUAGAAAAAAUGAAAUAAAAAUAAGAUGAAAAAAAAAUUACUUAUUUCAUAUCUAAGUAUGCAGAAGAAAAUUUGGAUUUAAGGAAAGAUACGAUAUAUUCUCUGAUGCAAAUUUUAGAAAGAUGUUCUAAUGACAGUAUCAAAGUUUAUCCGAUUUGUCAUGAAAAGAUAGUCUUAAAAUUUUUUAAAACUUUGACUGAAGAAUAGAAAGAAAAAUCCUCUAUUUUAAAUGAGUUAUUAAAAAUAGGAAGAAUGAUAUCUGGUAGUCUUCAUGUAAAUGUUAUUAAGGCUAGUAAUAUUUUAUCUAUGUAACCGUUAGAGGUUAUUAGAUAAGCUCGAAAUCUUUACACUGAAUUAUCUAUUACUACUGAAACUUAGGAAGAGAUUUUACCUUUUCAAAUUAUUAAUGAAAUUGAUUUAAGCAUUUUGGAAAAAGCUAAUGAGAUAUUAUAACUACACAAAUCUGUUGCUUUAGAUAAAUUAAAUUUAAUGUAUAUUUUAGCCUACGAAAAUUCAGUACCUAAUUUUGAUUUAUUAUCAGAAAAUUUAUUCUAGACAAAAAACUUUUUUUUUAAUCAAUAUUUUAGGUCUUAGGAUCCAGUUGAGGAUAUAUUGAAUGCUCUUUAUAAUGAUGGAAAGCACAAUAUUAACGAAUAUUUACCAUUUGAUGAAUUGGAUAAUGAUUAACAUAAAUAAAUUUAAUAGGCAGUUAAGCGAUUUUUACAUGAAGAAACAGCUAAUAAAAACAAUAGUGAAACACAUAAAAUAACAUAAUCUUACCUAAAAAAUCCAAAAAUUUUAUCAAGACUGUUUUGUGGAAUUUAAUCUAUUAAAUACUCAUAUAAAGAAUAUAGAAGUUCUUCUAUUUGGAAUAAGAGUGGCAGAUUAAAAUAUGAAGAUGUACAUAAAUCCGUAAUUAAUAUUUGCUUAUCAAUUUUAGAAUAAAAUUGA